GGCUGGGCCGCUGGAGCCGCACUCUGGGCCGCCUGGAGCCUCCGCUGCCAGUCUCCGGGCGCCCCCGCAACACCGGCGGCCCGAAGCCGCGCGGGGACGGGGCCAUGUGUCGCGCGCGGCUCCGCCUCCCGCCGGUCCUCUGAGGCGGCGGCCGGGGGGAACACAGAGAGACAGCCAGGCGCCUAUCCGGCUAUCGUGUCCAUGGCGGGUGCACCGGACUGCGCGGCGGCCGGGCCUUUUUUUUCUCUGGUCCAGACCACCCGGAUGGGGCUCUCCGGGCCCCGCCCCGUCUGGCCUAGCCCGGCCUGCCCGAGUCCCGCAAGCUCUGCAGGCAGGCUAGCGGGACGACCCCAGCCCCACGUCCUGCCACCCGCCAGCGAAGGAUCCGGGGAUGGGCAAGGCCACCCGGCUCGCUCCGGAGUCAGCAUUGGAGACCUAAAGGUCAGUGAAGGCUGAUGCUCAGUGGGCGAGAGGUCAUCAAGGUCAUUUCUGCUCCUCGAGGAGCCUGGCCUCAGUCAGCCUGCGGACUGUUGGGGUGAAGCAGGAGAUGGCGUGGUCAGCGGCCCUCUUGGAAGAUCUGUAGGAGAAGCCGUCAUGAAGGUCUCAACGAGGCCGGGUGACGCUCCAGAAUGGGAGACAAGCCAAUUUGGGAGCAGAUUGGAUCCAGCUUCAUUCAACAUUAUUAUCAGUUAUUUGAUAACGACAGAACCCAACUAGGCGCAAUUUAUAUUGACGCAUCAUGCCUUACGUGGGAAGGACAGCAGUUCCAGGGGAAAGCUGCCAUUGUGGAGAAGUUGUCUAGCCUUCCGUUCCAGAAAAUCCAGCACAGCAUCACGGCACAGGACCAUCAGCCCACGCCAGAUAGCUGCAUCAUCAGCAUGGUUGUGGGCCAGCUCAAGGCUGAUGAAGACCCCAUCAUGGGGUUCCACCAGAUGUUCCUAUUAAAGAACAUCAACGAUGCUUGGGUUUGCACCAAUGACAUGUUCAGGCUUGCCCUGCACAACUUUGGCUGACCUCCUCCCAGCCAGGCACUCAUGCUGUUUCCUCCUCCCUCCUCUUCCUGAUACUAUUCACACUCCUCCAGAUGCCCCAAAUAUCAUACACAAACGAGCAGGGCCGCGGCGGGAGCGGGCGCAGUGCGCUGCUACCGAGGUAUUGUGCAUGAUGUUUGGACGCUAGACUAGUUGCAUCUGACAGGAGAAGUUUGUGUUGUACCAGCGCAUGCCUUGGAAAGACUUAAGUAAUGCAAAAGGUUGUCUUUUUUUUUUUUUUUUUUUUUUUUUAAUCUACUGACAAGUUGCUCUAGUAACCCAAAGAAGUGAAGGAGAAAGCAGCUGCCUCACCGCCCAGAUAUUGAUUUGUUCGGAUGUUUCAAUGCCUCAUGAUACAAUAAAACCACAAAAUUUUCUUAACA